UCCUCCGCCUUUUUUCUCCAAAUACUCCUUCUGGCUAGGAACGUGUAUCAAUGACUUCGUUGUCUUCCAGUGAUUGAAAGUGAAAUAAAGUAAUUUGCAAAAAUCGACGAUGUUCCAUUAGUUUGUCGAUAACGUACAUAUUGCAACACGUUUCAGUUUUACUUAAAUUGUGUAAUUAGCCUUGAGUUUGAUAGAUACUGCUGUGUCGGCCCUUUGCAACCAUGGCGUCUGAUCCUCAAUCAAAACACAGGAUGCAGGGUUUCAAAAACAAAGGAAAAGAUCAAGAUGAAAUGAGAAGAAGAAGAAAUGAGGUAACAGUUGAACUGCGCAAAAACAAGCGUGAAGAAACGCUGCAGAAGAGAAGAAAUGUGCCAAUAACAGACUCCACAGAUGAAGAUGAUUUCGAUAGAAACUUAUCAAACAUCAACCUAGAGCAACUAGUCAUGGAAGCUGCCUGUGACAAUCCAGAGAAACAGCUUGUUGCCGUCCAGUCUGCACGUAAACUUCUUUCUUCUGACAGAAACCCUCCUAUUGAUGCCCUCAUUUCUAGCGGAAUUCUACCCAUCCUUGUCCGUUGCCUUGAAAAUCAUGAAAACCCUGCGCUACAGUUCGAGGCGGCGUGGGCUCUGACAAACAUCGCCAGCGGGACAUCGGCACAGACACAGGCUGUGGUGGGCGCUGGCGCCGUGCCGCUGUUCCUCCAACUACUCCAUUCCCAACACCAAACUGUCUGCGAACAAGCGGUCUGGGCUCUAGGUAAUAUUAUCGGUGAUGGGCCCGCUCUGAGGGAUUAUGUUAUCAACUUAGGAGUUGUCCAACCACUGCUAGCUUUCAUCAAACCUGACAUCCCGAUAACUUUCUUGCGGAACGUCACGUGGGUCAUAGUGAACCUGUGUCGUAAUAAAGAUCCUCCUCCACACGUCCAAACCAUUACUGAAAUUCUGCCUGCCCUCAACAUGCUUAUUCACCACUCAGAUAUUAACAUCUUGGUUGACACAGUGUGGGCCCUUAGUUAUUUGACUGAUGGCGGAAACGAGCAGAUACAGAUGGUUAUAGACAGUGAGGUUGUGCCAAAUUUGAUACCUCUGCUGUCACACAAGGAAGUCAAGGUGCAGACUGCAGCACUGAGGGCGGUUGGUAACAUCGUAACAGGCACAGAUGAGCAGACACAAGUAGUCCUAAACUGUGAUGCUCUGUCACACUUCCCCUCAUUGCUAACACAUCCCAAAGAAAAAAUAUGCAAGGAAGCUGUGUGGUUCCUUUCAAACAUAACUGCAGGCAAUCAGGCUCAAGUCCAAGCUGUUAUAGAUGCUGAUUUAUUACCCAAAAUAAUUAGAAAUCUGAGUAAGGGAGAGUUCCAAACACAAAAGGAGGCAGCUUGGGCAAUUAGUAAUCUGACGAUUAGCGGAAACCGGGAGCAAGUUGCUCGACUAGUGCGGGAGGGAGUCAUACCACCAUUUUGCAACUUGUUGGGCUGCAAGGACCCCCAGGUCAUACAAGUGGUGCUGGACGGCAUAAACAACAUGCUCAAGAUGGCGGGCAACCAGGUCGAGGCAUUGGCCAACAUGAUCGAGGAGUGCGGAGGUCUAGACAAGAUAGAACAACUACAGAACCAUGAAAACGUUGACAUUUAUAAACUGGCAUAUGACAUAAUAGAGCAGUAUUUCUCAGAGCUCGAAGAAGACGUAAAUCUGGCACCACAGAGUUCGGAAGGAGGGUUCCAGUUUGACCCCAACACCAGUAUACCAAGCGAGGGUUUCAAGUUUUAAAUAACACAACUGCUAUGUAAUGAUCGAAAUAUUGCUUCUUGAAUUUUAAGCUACUUUUGUAAAUGACCCUACUCGAUAUUAGAAAGCGGUGUAUAUUUUCUCGGCCAUGUUUUUUUAUUUGAAUUGUAUUAAAGUUGAAAAAGAAAACUUUAAGUGCGAAACUUUGGACUCGCUAUAUAUAUUUCACUGUGAUUUGUCUUUCUAAUAAAUCAAUAUUUUGAUUUUAUUGGCAUAGACAUGUGAAUAACUUACCUCUACUGAGGUAUAACAAUAACUUAGGAUUUCAGUUAAUUUAUUUAUACAUAUGGAUUAUUUUAUCAAAAUUAGGCCCAUUUUAUUUGGGAUUAUCCUUUAUGGAGCAUGUAAUAAUAAAGGUAUGUUUCAUUUAAGAA